AUGGAUACCGCUCCUCGUGCGAGACGCUUUGGCCCAGCUUUCCUGGUCCUUGCGGUCAGUGGAGGUGCCUUGCUCAGCUUCGUGGGCCCACUAAGUCGCAGCCGAGCCCUUGAUCUUCGACCUGGAGCUGGGGCGUCAGAGUCUGGAGCCACCGCAAGGGCGGCUUUCUCAUGGGAUACGGAUGAACCUCCAAAGAUCCCGGCAACACCAGAUGAGAUGAUCCAACAGGCUUCGGACGCUGUCAUGCGUGCCUACAGAGAUGGCAAGACGCGACAAGCGGUUCGACUUCGACUGGACCAGCUUUUUGACAUGGAGUCCCUGUACGUCAAGGGCAUCGAGGCUCUGCAGCUGGCUACCGUCCCCUACAUGGAGCAAUUCGUCAAGAAGCUCUGGGGAGGGGAUUACCUGAAGGAGAUCAGGACCUCAGUGGUGGACGAGCAGGCGGGGACGCUGAUCUACCGGGAAUCUGAGAAUGAGCUCCAGGACAUGGCUGUCUUCUUUCUGCCAGGCCGAGACCUCAUGGCCGAGCCCAAGACACAGAACUUCAUCCGGAAGAUGACCGACAGGCUGGUCCUGCUCCUGAACUCUGAGAACGCGCAGAGCGAUUUCCGCGUGGACUACAAAGGCAUGGAUUGGAUGGAUUAUACCAGCUUCGGAGUGCAGAUCAGCGAGAUGUUCAGCGAGCAGUCCUACUAUUACACCUACGGCCCCUUUGAGUCGUGGCAGUUGACCAUCUUCCGUGCAUAUCCCUACAACUGGGAGAUCUAUAUUGAGGACUUGGAGUACAACACCGUCAAGAUUUUCGACAGCCCCUACAAGCCCACGUCCAACCAGGUGGUAGCCAGAAUUCAGCAGUAUGAAGAAAAGAACGAGAUUGCCCCGUACAAGAAGAUCAGCAAGAUCAUGAAGGACACCAUGCGGCAAGAGGAGGCGAGCGAAGAGGCCGAGCCGGGAUGGCGGUCCUCCGCCAGCCCCGAGGAGAUCAUGGACCGUCAGAAGCAGCUGGAAGAGCGGGCCAAAGCUGAGGCUGAGAAGCUUGCGAAGGAGCAGGCUUGA